UUGCAAAGAGAAAUACCAAUAACUCCAUCAAAAGAAAGUUUCUGCACAGGACUGGCCGGAAACCAUUCACAGCAUUGGCGGAUGAGAUAAAGGCAACAGGGAAAGAGCCUGAUAAUUUGGAAAUUUGGAUCUCCUCUCGCACGAAUGGACGUGGUGGUGAUGAUGAGAUGACUGAUGAUAUUUUGGCUUAUUUGAAUAAUGAACUUAAUAAAAUUCCUGUUGAUAAAAGAACCCCGGCGGCUCGUGAGGCUUUGUACCGCCGUGCACUCGGGGGGAAAAAGAAUAGAAAAACAGCUGUUGAUAGUGCUGCCAGCUCUGCCUACCCCCAGAGUCAUUUGACUGGAGGGCCCGAUGGUCCUGAUUUCCGAAAGCUUGCUGAGGACUAUCAGAAAGGCCUUGUUGAGAUUAGAGAAUUUAUGUCUGAAUUUAGGAGUGUCCGUGCUGAGAUGUCUGAAAUUAGAACCAUCCGUGCUGAGAUGUCUGCUUUGUUGAAUUCUUCCCCGCGUGCCUCCAUACGGGGUCCUUGUUCUAGCCGCACAGAUGGAAGGUCAGAGACCCCGCGGACUGAUGUCCUUACCCCGUUGUCGAUCGGGUCUCGUAUUCUUCUCAUAUCUCGUGGUUUGGAAAAACGCGUUGUUGGUGAGGGGGUGUUGCUAUCCGACCCUACCCCAGGUGACACUGUUGACAUAGUAAGGGUUUUUGUUACAUCUGCUACUGUUCUAGAGGCUGCGCUUAUUCUACGGACAACCUCCAGAGCACAAACACUCAGUGAGGUUGUCCGCGCCGAGCCAAUCGACUGGACAUUUAAAGAUGUACACAACCACAUUUACAAGAUUUUCUAUUGGAUUACAACUUAA